CGUCGGCCCCCGCCUGCACCGGCCCGUCUGCGCCGUCAGCUCUGAUAGCAUAUUCACUUUUUCUCUCUCUCUUCGUCUCUCCCGCGAAUAAAGCAAGAUGAAGGUAAAGAUCACCGGAGAAUCGAACGCGGAGGAAUCAUGCACGGGAGAGAAGCAGGUGGUCAUCUCCAUCCCCCCAGGCACAGUCAUGGGUGACGUUCAGAAGGGAAAGAAGCUUUUCGUGCAGAGGUGCGCGCAAUGCCACACGGUGGAGGCCGGCGGCAAGCACAAGACGGGCCCCAACCUUCACGGCCUCUUCGGCCGCCAGACGGGGCAGGCACCCGGCUACGUCUACACAGACGCCAACAAGUCCAAGGGCAUCACCUGGGCCGCCGACACCCUGGACGUGUACCUGACCAAUCCCAAGAAGUACAUCCCCGGCACCAAGAUGGUGUUCGCCGGCCUCAAGAAGAAGGGCGAGCGGGCGGACCUGAUCGCCUACCUGGCCGAGGCAACGUCCUAAGAGAGAAGCAAGGAGGAAACAGACUUCGAAGAGAGAGGAGACGAUUGGAGAGGACUCCUCCGGGGGUUCCUUCCCUUUUCGGUCCAGUUCUGCGGAUUUUAUAAAAUCACCAGUGAAGAAAAUAGUUCAACUUUUUGUAAAAAAAAAGAUAAAUGGUUCGAAUGUGCAGACCGAGAAUGCCAUAGAAAAGAAAGUUGUUAACUGAGCUUAAAUGUGCAAGAAGUUCAUCAAUGAUCAUCUCCCCUUUUCUCUCUCGCAUUCUCUGAAAUGUAAAUAGCGUUUCUUCCCCUUCAGACUGGCUGACAAGGCCUCUCAUUUUUAUAUAUAUGUAUAAAACCGAAAGGAAAAUGAUGAGGAACAGAGAGACUUUUUCAGUUUUGAAGAACCUCAGUUUCUUUUUCUUUUUUUUUCUUUUUCCUCAAAAAAUAGAACGAGGGAGUCCUGUCAGUUUCCCUUUUAACUUAUUUCGUUUCAUCGUGAGAGAAUGGUUGCCUCGUGCCGUCGGGCGUGAGGCGUUGUUCAACUGGAAUUGUUUUCAUUCCAUUAAUUUUAAUUUUCCAUCAAAAUACAUGUAUAGUGAAAAAGUGAA